AUGCAAGUGGACCGGCCACAGACAAAACAGAGCUCGAGAAAGGGCAGAAGAGCCUGGAGAAAGAAUAUUGAUCUUGACGAUAUCGAAUCCGGCUUGGAACAAAGACGCGAAGACCUCAUCCACCAUGGUACCGAGAUAGAUAAUGUGGACUCUGGAGAGCUUUUCUUUAUAGAUGACGAGGCAGACGAGAAAGUUGUGAAGAAGAUGAAGAGAGAGAACGUCAAAAGUUUGAAAUCACAGGAAAUUCUCAACCAGCGCUCGAAAGUUCCAGCGUUGGAGCCAGGGAAAAAGAAGAAGAUUCAAGGUGUUGAGAAGAAAGAGGUGCACAAGUUAAUGCAGCUUGCCGGAAGAGUCCAAGGUGUUUCGAAAACACAGGCUGCUGCCGCAGACGAAGGACUAGUCAAGGCAGACAAAGCACUUGACCCAUGGUCAGAGACUGAACAGAAAGAGUACGUGCCAAGUCUUUCUGGCUACACUGCUCCUUCCAAAGCUCCCAAGACGUUAUCCGAGACUCCUGUCACUGUGAGAAACGUUGGGGUGAUUCCACACGAAGGAAAGUCUUACAAUCCAUCGUUUGAGAGCUGGCAGGAGCUUACCAAACAGGAAUUCUUUAAGGAGAGUACCAAGGAGGAGCAAAGACUGGCUCUUCAAGCGCACGAGGAAAAAAUCCAGUACCUGAUCGCAAAUCUUGAGGACGACGAAAUCGACGAUAAUCAGAACGACGAGGAGGAAGAGGAAGAGGAAGAGGACACAAGCGACGUUACCAAGCUGUCUUUGAAUCCGGCUGUCAAAAAUAAGGAAAAGACCAAGACGCAAAGAAAUAAGGAGAAGAGGCAUAAGGAAAGAGUGAAGCUCGAGAACGACCUGAAGGAGCUCAAGCUCAGAAUAAAGAAGAUCGAGGAGUUGCCAGAUGUGAUCGAUGAGAUCACGUCGAGACAGCCAAGACCGAAACAGGACAAAGUCGCCAAGGAGAAGAAAAAGCUGGGUACCAAGCAUAAUCCUGUUGAAGGCCUGUUGGAGGUGAAAUUGAGCGACGAAUUGAGCGAUAGUUUACGGAAACUCAAGCCGGAAGGAAACCUGUUGUACGACCAAAUGCGCUCGUUGCAAGCCUCCGGUAAGGUUGAGUCGAGAAAGCCUGUGAAACAGAAGCGCAAGUAUGCACCAAAGGUGAGCGAGAAAUGGACCUACAAGGACUUCAAAGGUUAG